AUGCUGACUCGCGAGCUGUUCCUCGCCGCUGCCCUCCUCUUCCUCAGCCAAGGCAGCAGUGGGGCUGACGGAGCUGCCGAAACCCCGCCGGUUGGAGCGAUGGGAAGGAGACCUCUGCAGCCCCUGGCCUCUGGCUGGAGCUUUCCCCGGAAGAAGCGGGAUGAAAAGCCAUCUUCAUACCUGAAGUGGGAGGCUUUUGAAGGCAAGCUGCCCGCCAAUGCCGUCUCCAACUGGAACGCGUAUGCCAAGAGGAUGGAGUAUGUCUGCUCAACGUCGAUGCUUGGCUGCAACACCGGUGCCUACGUCCCCGAGCGAGGUCCCUUCUGCUUCUUCCCGUAUGGAGAAUGGGAGUGGAGCACCCACAACUUCGAGGUGUUGGUCAAUGUGGGAGGCUUUGAGCCACUGGAUUGGGUGGAUGACUCCUUCGGCAAUGUGCCCAAAAAUGCUGUGGAGGGCUGCCCAUCUGUUGAUGUCUUUGUUGGGAGGAACCGCUACGGCUUGGGCAAGGUCUCCAAAAAUCAGAGGGCUGCCUUCGUGGUGGUGGAUGGUGAGGAGGUUUGGUACAAGUGGUACCAAGUCUUGGUGGUCAAGAAGGGCCCAUCAGACAUAACCAUCUCCGAUGUCCGCUACAACAUGAGCGGAGCGGUGGAGCGCGGGGAGGAUGUCACCCUGACAAAGACCACGGUGAGGAACAAGGGCUGCCAAGGGGUGCGUAAAGCUGUCACCUUGGAGGAGGCCACUGAGACGGAGCACAACUGGGAGAUGGACCAGACGGGCUUUGCCACCAUCCAUGGGGUGUUGCGAGCCGCCCUCUUGGCCUUCAAUGGGACGGGCUGGGAGGCCACCAACAUCACCAGCAACCCCUGGGUGGGGGGAGCCAGCACCAGCGAGUACGUUGUCCAUACCCAUGUGGUGGAAGAGGAGGUACAGCCCUGGACGGCGUGCACAGUGGCCCUGGAGGGACGCCGGUUGGAUGUCCGCAUCCCCUUCACCGCACAGCUGACCUGUGAUUUUGGCGACGGUCGACCGCACCAUGUGGCCGUGAUGGGGUGGGCUCGCAGCCGGACAGUGGUGGGUGUCUGGGCCGGCGUCAAGGAGUGCUGGCCCAUCGCUGAUGUCCCCCCGUGCUGGGCGUAG